UCGACCCCUAUGAAAGGGUUGAUCAACCCCCAGAGGGGUUGUGACUCACAGGUUGAGAACCACUGAUUGUGUGAGAUUGUAACCAAAUAGCCUGAGAAUGUCAAAAUAGUUAAGUUGGCCUGGGGAUAUAGCUCAGUUGGUAGAGUGUUUGUCUAGCACGUACAAAGUCCUAGGAUCAACCCCAAGCACAUCAUAAACUGGGUGUAAUGCUGCAUGCUAUAAUCCCAGCACUUGGGAGAUGGAGGCAGAAGGAUCAGGAGUUCAAAGCCAGCCUCAACUACAUGGACCGAUCCCAAUCACUGUCACCAUCAAAAGCAGGAGGAAGGGUGACAAGAAAAGGAUUGUGAGACUUAGCAGCAAACAGCUAUAAUUAACUGGAUGCCUCCCAUAUGUAAGGAGAGAUACUGGUGGCAAAUGCCUUGCAUUUGCCAACAUAGAGCUACGUAAUUAAAUUUUGCCUUAAAGUUUCUCUCUAGUAUGACUAUUUUACCUGGUGCAAAAAAUGUUUGAGAAUAAAAGAUCCCUCUUGUUCAUAGUACAGAGAAAUUUAUGGUAAGGCAGAGUUUAAUAGUUCUUCUAGAUUCACGACUGAGGUUUGUUUUCAGGUCACCAUUUUAAAUGCAGAGUGUUUGUUGAUGGAGAAAAGUGAAUUUUUCAGUCUGUAGUGUAGACAGAGAGGACAAGUGCUCUUUUGUUCUCAAGUGCUCUGUCUCCAAGCAUAUUUCCCUCAUUUUCUCUGACUGUGUCUGAGUCUUUGCUAAGGGGACUGCAGCUGGACUGUGGAGUGGAACCCGGUCCAGAAAAAGAAUCGCUAAAGAAUGCAAGUAAACAGGACGGCAGAUGUUAUCCUUAGCCUAUUUCCCUAAACAUAGCUUUUUGGCUACAAAGUAAAAUGCCAUUCUUCCAGCUUCUGCUUAUAUGCAGUGAUGGCUGACAGCAGGGACAAUCUUCCUUUGCUUGGCAAGUUCUCACCAUGUGACUUCACGUGUUUUGUAAGGAAAGAAUGAUCGUGACACACAAAAUCUCUGGGAGAUUGUCUGAGGACAUCCGGCCAUUUCUGGGAGGAAUUUUUUCAACCCACCUAAGUCUUUGAGUUCUGUUUUACCAGCACAGCUCCCCAUGAGGCUCAGAGCUAUCUGACCUAAGAGGCAGUUGGCAUCUUCCUCCUGACAGAAGCCAGAUUUUUCACUGUAUCGACAGCGUUUUCCCAGUCUGCCCCAUGCAUGUCUCAUUUCCAAGGUUCUCUGAAGUGCUGGCUCACUCCAGGCUCCACGAGCCCUUGCUUACUUUCUGCCUCCCCAGCAUCCUCUUCGCUUCCUUUCCUACAGCUUCUUGCACUGUUGUGUGUGUUCCUCCCUUAAAAAAAAAAAAAAAAAAACCUAAUGAAUGUGUUUUGCAGGUUUUGAAAAAACCCCAGUGAUGUUAUCCCAGGAGUCUGUCCAUUCCUUAUCAUUCCUUUCCAUAUCUUUGAGUAUGAUCUCUGUGGUUUAGAAAUCCCGCGUUCCACUGUUGUUAAAGAGAAGUUGCCUUAAACCUUUGCCCUGCAAGCACCAGAAGAGAGCUCAUAAAAAGGAAGACAGCAGCAGAUGCAAUCACGGAUGUGGCUUAGUCCUCGCAGCUGCCCCGGAGAGCUGUUCAGAGUGUACGAGCCUCAAUCAUGAAUCCAGAAGAACGCGUUGUGACAUGGCUUAUAUCUUUGGGAGUUUUAGAGUCUCCCAAAAAGACCAUCUGUGAUCCAGAGGAGUUCUUGAAGUCCUCGCUGAAAAAUGGGGUAGUGUUGUGCAAACUCAUCAACAGACUUCUGCCUGGUUCGGUGGAGAAGUACUGUCUGGAACCCCAAACUGAGGCUGACUGCAUCAACAACAUCAAUGACUUCCUGAAAGGAUGUGCAACCCUUCAAGUGGAAGUAUUUGAGCCUGAUGACCUUUAUUCAGGGAUUAAUUUCUCCAAGGUUCUGAGUACUCUUUUAGCUGUCAACAAAGCAACAGAAGAUCAGCUAUCAGAAAGACCAUGUGGACGGUCCUCUUCUCUUAGCGCUACCAACGGCUCUGCGACGACGCCCCAGGCAGCAGUUCCCAGCACCACUCCAGCACAGCAAAGCCAGGCAAAGGCAGUGGUGGAGAUGACGGAAAAUGGAAGUCAUCAGUUGAUAGUAAAGGCAAGAUUCAACUUCAAGCAGACUAAUGAAGAUGAAUUGUCAGUUUGUAAAGGGGACAUCAUUUAUGUCACUCGAGUUGAAGAAGGAGGAUGGUGGGAAGGCACCCUGAAUGGGAGAACAGGAUGGUUCCCUAGUAAUUAUGUCCGAGAAAUUAAACCAAGUGAGAGACCUCUGUCCCCUAAAGCUGUCAAAGGAUUUGACACUGCUCCGCUUACCAAGAAUUACUAUACUGUGGUGUUACAGAACAUCUUGGACACUGAAAAAGAAUAUGCCAAAGAACUUCAGUCUCUUCUCGUUACUUAUCUAAGACCCUUGCAGUCUAAUAAUAACCUUAGUACUGUGGAGUUUACAUGUUUAUUGGGAAACUUUGAAGAAGUAUGCGCAUUUCAACAGACACUCUGCCAAGCCUUGGAAGAAUGUUCAAAGUUCCCAGAAAACCAGCACAAAGUAGGAGGCUGUCUACUGAACCUCAUGCCUCAUUUUAAAUCAAUGUACCUGGCUUACUGUGCAAAUCAUCCUUCAGCUGUCAACGUGCUCACCCAGCACAGUGAUGAUCUAGAACGAUUCAUGGAAAACCAAGGUGCAUCCAGCCCCGGUAUCCUCAUUUUAACAACAAGCCUCAGCAAACCAUUCAUGCGACUGGAAAAGUAUGUUACUCUUUUGCAAGAGCUGGAGCGACAUAUGGAGGACACUCAUCCGGAUCAUCAGGACAUUCUGAAAGCAAUCAUAGCAUUCAAAACCCUCAUGGGGCAGUGCCAAGAUCUGAGAAAGAGAAAACAACUGGAAUUGCAGAUCCUUUCAGAACCUAUUCAGGCAUGGGAAGGAGAUGAUAUUAAGACCCUGGGAAAUGUCAUCUUUAUGUCACAAGUAAUGGUGCAGUACGGAACCUGUGAGGAAAAAGAAGAACGAUAUUUCAUGCUGUUUUCAAAUGUCUUGAUAAUGUUGUCUGCAAGUCCUCGGAUGAGUGGCUUUAUCUAUCAGGGAAAAAUACCACUAGCAGGGAUGGUGGUGGCUAGAUUAGAUGAAAUUGAAGGGAAUGAGUACGCAUUUGAAAUCACAGGUAAUGUGGUAGAGAGAACUGUGGUCUAUUGCAACAAUAGCCAGGACUUCCAGGAAUGGCUGGAGCAGCUGAACAGACUGACCAGAGGACCAGCCUCUUGCAGUUCAUUAUCUAAGACCUCAUCAUCAUCAUGUAGUGCUCAUUCUUCUUUUAGCUCUACUGGACAGCCCCGAGGACCCUUGGAGCCUCCUCAAAUUAUAAAACCGUGGAGUUUAAGUUGCCUACGACCUGCACCUCCACUUAGACCAUCAGCAGCACUAGGUUAUAAAGAGAGGAUGUCUUAUAUCUUAAAGGAAUCUAGUAAGAGCCCCAAAACAAUGAAGAAGUUUCUUCACAAAAGAAAGACGGAGAGAAAAGCAUCUGAGGAAGAAUACGUGAUUAGGAAAAGUACAGCUGCUCUGGAAGAGGAUGCUCAGAUUCUUAAGGUGAUCGAAGCCUACUGCACCAGUGCCAGUUUUCAACAAGGUACUCGGAAGGAUUCUGUCCCACAAGUUCUACUCCCUGAGGAAGAGAAACUCAUUAUUGAAGAAACCAGAAGCAAUGGGCAGACCAUCAUUGAAGAAAAGAGCCUUGUUGAUACUGUUUAUGCCUUGAAGGAUGAGGUCAAAGAACUGAAGCAGGAGAAUAAGAGAAUGAAGCAAUGCCUGGAAGAAGAAUUGAAGUCGAGGAAGGACCUAGAAAAACUGGUCCGGAAGCUGUUGAAGCAAACAGAUGAGUGCAUUCGAGCUGAAUCCAGCAGCAAGAGCCCAAUUCUCCCAUAACCAUCACUGUGCCGCUGAGCACAAGGCCUUCAGCACGUGUUGAGUUGGCCAGCUGAAUGAUUUGAUUGUGCACUUCAGCUUUUGCUGUGUUGGGAUCUUUCUUUCUCUCUCUCUCUCUCUCUCUCUCUCUCUCUCUCUCCCCUGCCCACUUCUGUACCUCUGUUUGCUUGAGUGUUUGUUACUUGGUUAUCAAUUGAUUGAUAUUUGUCUUAACAGGGGAAACAACCUGGGAUGGUGAUAAAAUGGCCCCAAUAUUUUGCUAUGCCCAACAGCCCUUCACUACCUAAUUCGUUGAAGACAAAGCUUCUCAGGCUACGUCUAGAGUAGGUGAAAAUGAACACCUUUGCCCAGUGAUCCAGCUGCCCUUCCCUGGACUGUCACAUGGCCCUCUCAAUACUUUCAAAAUGAUUUCCCUGUGUUGUCUGUAAAGACCAAGAGCAGUAUAGUAGCCUGCUUCCCUUUGUGCUGAUGUACAUUUAGAGUCAGCUGAGUAGGGACUCCAACUGUCCAUACCAGCACUAAGUCCAUCAGCAAACUGCUUCAGGAAAUCCUCCCCCUCCCCAGCAGCAGGGCAGAGCAGCUAUUCCUAGUGCACUGUAGCUUGACAGCCCAGCCUUCUGCCUCUAGGUAAGUUUUCUACCUCCCCCUCCCCCACGCUUUUAACCAGCCCCAGCAAGUGGUGAGCCAACUAGUGUGGAUGUGCUUUGCUUAUUUUGUCAGUUACUGCGAGCAGUGACUUUUCCUUGAAUAUUCAAACUACAGCCUUUUCAUCUGUGUAAACAACCUGGGGGACAAGAUCCCAUGCCCUAGUAUACACCUUCCAUCCCAACUUAUCAAGCUCUGGUUUGUGCAGUGAGAAAUUAGACUCAUCAUUGGUUUCUUUGGAGUAGGCCUUGAAUAUGAUGAACCAGUUUGUAUAUCCUGAGGGAAAUGGCCCCUCCACUAGCUGUGCUGGUUUCUAGUGAUGCUGAUUGUCUGAAACUAGUUUGCACAAGUUGUUUAUAAUGUCAAAUCAUUGACUUUGUAAGUAGCUGAGAAAUCUGAACUGUGGGAAAACAGAUUUAGAAGAGAGCCUCAGGAGAACACUGUACACCUAAAUUCAACACAAGUCAAAAUGGACCAAGGCUACAGGAUGGAGCAGCACUGCUCUUGCCUACCUCCUCAGAUGGCAGGGCAAUUUGGCCAGAUGGCAAAGUCACUUUAAAGAGAGGUAGAAAACCUAUAAAGUCUUAUAUGUAUAUUUGAUGGGUGCCUGUAACUGCUAUUUCAAAACCAAACUUGGGUCCUAAAAUCUUGUUGAGGUGCCCUUUUGCUCUCUGGUAUGGAAGCUCUCACAGUUUCCAUAAUUUCAUGGUAUAGGGCUAUUGUCUCCUGCUACAUGGAUGACAUUAUAGCACCCACAGAAAAUGGAGCAUUCCUGAAGUCCAACCCCAGACAAUUGCACAAAGCCAUCCUGGCAACUUUAGUGACGGUUUCUAAGAAUGGCUGUCCUGUUUUUAUGAGACAUCUUUCAUGUAAAAAUUUAAAAUAAGAAACAACAGUAGUAACCCAGAUGUUCACAUGUGUCCUGCCUGUGCUUAGUCAAUAGUUUGCAAUAAAUGCAAAUUUUACACUUUAGUGAUUACCAAAUAAUUUAGCUGAUUGCUUAGGACAUCAAAAGGUCUCUAAAAGGAUGUGUAUAUAUAUGCAUGUUUGGGGACUUUGCCCAUCUGAGGAGAGGCCCUUGGUACUUGGGAUAAUGAAACUUGCGCAGUGAGCUGUUCGCGCUUACACACUAAAUAAUAUAAAGGAAAUGAAGCCAUGUUAACCCGACAGCCGUGUCUCCAUAGUUGUGUUGUUUACAAUACUCUAUAAAUGGGUUCCUGUUCCUCUGUAAUUAAACUGCUGCCCUUAGAGGCCUUUCAGUUUCUUCUCUGUCAUGCCCCUUCUUAUAGGAACUCAAAUUUUCUAAACUUGUUUUUAUUUUAAAGACUUUUAAAAUGGACAUUUUCGAUAAACAAGAAUAAACAGUGCUUUAUAAAUAAGA